CGCCACUGCGCCCCCACUGACAACAGGCCCCACAUAUCCAAGCGACCCACAUGUGAGCUGCACGGGCCCGGCCACCUCUCGACUCUCGCCCCUCUCCGGCCAUCUCUCCUCCAAUCCUCCGAUCGAAUCCCCCCACCGUCCACGCCGCCGAAUGCCGCCGCGGUCCUCCUAGGGUUCCGGCGGCCGCCGCCCCUUCGCCGACGCGAUGGGGAACACCUGCGUCGGCCCCUGCGCGCACUCGGACCGCCACGGCUUCUUCAACUCCGUCUCCCUCGCCGUGCUCUGGCGCCCCGCCGCCGGCCGGGCCGAGCCCUCCCCGCCCUCCGAACCGAACCCCUCCACCUCCUCCUCGACCUCCUACAGGGCCCCCGAUCCCGUCACCAUCUCCGACUCCGAGCACUCCCCCCACUACUCCGCGUCCGGCCCCGCCGCGCCCAACCCUAACGGCAAGCCCAAGCCCAAGGUGAAGCGCGCCCAGAGCGCCGGCCUCCUCGCCGGCUCCGUCCUGAGGCGCGACUCCGAGCGCCUCAAGGACCACUACGCCCUGGGCAAGAAACUGGGGCAGGGGCAGUUCGGCACCACCUACCAGUGCGUCGAGAAGGCCACGGGGAAGGAGUUCGCCUGCAAGUCCAUUGCCAAGCGGAAGCUCGUCUCCGAUGAGGACGUCGAGGACGUGCGCCGCGAGAUCCAGAUCAUGCACCACCUCGCGGGCCACCCCAACGUCGUCUCCAUCGUGGGGGCCUACGAGGACGCGGUCGCCGUGCACCUCGUCAUGGAGCUGUGCGCGGGAGGGGAACUGUUUGAUAGGAUCAUACAGCGGGGGCACUACUCCGAGAAAGCGGCGGCCCAGCUGGCGCGGGUGAUCAUUGGGGUUGUCGAAGCAUGCCAUUCUCUCGGGGUGAUGCACAGAGACCUCAAGCCAGAAAAUUUCUUGUUUGUGAACCACAAGGAGGAUGCGCCGCUAAAGGCGAUCGAUUUCGGGCUCUCCAUCUUCUUCAAACCAGGUGAAACAUUUUCGGAUGUCGUUGGAAGUCCUUACUAUGUUGCGCCUGAGGUUCUGAUGAAAUACUAUGGCUGUGAGGUGGAUGUGUGGAGCACCGGUGUAAUAAUUUUUAUCUUGUUGAGCGGGGUUCCUCCAUUUUGGGAUGAGUCUGAACAAGGGAUAUUUAAACAAGUUCUGAAAGGUGAUCUUGAUUUUUCAUCUGAGCCCUGGCCCAGUAUCUCGGGAAGUGCAAAGGAUUUGGUCAGGAAGAUGCUAAUCCGUGAUCCCAGAAAGAGACUGACUGCACAUGAAGCUCUAUGUCAUCCCUGGGUUUGUGUUGAUGGAGUUGCACCUGACAAACCUCUUGAUUCUGCUGUCUUAACCAGAUUGAAACAGUUUUCUGCAAUGAACAAACUAAAGAAGAUGGCCCUUAGGGUCAUUGCUGAGAAUCUAUCUGAAGAUGAAAUUGCAGGAUUGAGAGAAAUGUUCAAAAUGCUGGACACUGACAAUAGUGGCCAGAUCACGUUGGAGGAACUAAAAAGUGGCUUGAAAAGGGUUGGUGCUAACUUAAAGGACUCGGAAAUUAAAACACUAAUGGAAGCGGCGGAUAUUGAUAACAGUGGUUCAAUCGAUUAUGGCGAGUUCCUUGCUGCAACUUUGCAUCUGAACAAAGUCGAGCGAGAAGAUAAUCUCUUUGCAGCAUUCUCGUACUUUGAUAAAGACGGCAGUGGUUACAUUACUCAAGAUGAGCUACAAAAAGCAUGUGAGGAAUUUGGUAUAGGAGAUGUACACCUUGAAGAUAUUAUCCGAGACAUUGAUAAAGACAAUGAUGGGCGGAUUGACUACAAUGAAUUUGUAACAAUGAUGCAGAAGGGAAAUAAUCCACUCGGGAAAAAGGGGCAAGGCCAGAUGAGUUUUGGUCUUAGGGAAGCAUUGAAGCUUGGCUAAUGGAGAACUGCAUGUCAUUAUAUUAAGAGGGAGAACCGUCUGAAAACUCUGCCGUAGCAACGGCCGGGUUAGAUGAGAAUUACAUACGCGCCACGGAAAACAAACAAGCUACCACGACCUAGAACUCACGGCAACAUGAACUAUAAUAUUACCCCGUUACCUCCAAUUCUAUGUCACUAGGACAUUCUAGAGUCUUGCACAGAGAAAAAUGGACCUGAUUUCCUAUUUCGUGGCUUCUUAGUUCUUACCCCUAUCAACUACAUGCUUAUUCCUCUAAGUAGCAUAGAGUGGAGUGAGCAUUUACGUGAACUAGCUUUCAAUAGGGACAUUUGGUUUCAAAUGUUGCUCUAAAAACCUAAAUCGUCAUCUAUUUGCAAACCUAAACCAACUUCCUAAAACAUCACUUAUUUUGGACUGGAGGUACUACCUAGAUGUCUUCAUUGACGAUUAGAUGAAAAAAAUAUUUUAUCAUCAAAACAUACUAUCAUAGUGUAUUAGCUGUUAUAGUAGAUUAGUAGCACUGCACAGUUACUUACCAGUAUACAUAAGAUGGGCUACCAGACUUUUGUUCGACAUUAUCGCGCGAAAUAUCUUGACACUUUGUGAUCUUCCACAAAUUUCUGCCACAAAUGAUUCUCUCUUGAUUGUUGAUAUUGCUUCCUUCACAUCUUAAGAUUUUUUGCAGUUGUUGUGCUUUGAUGCAGUAUGGUAUUUAGCUUUUUACUGGAAUCUUUGCUAAUUCCAGUGAUAUUUUGUUGUUAUGGCUCCAAAAUAAUAUACUUCCAACUAACUGUGACAACCAAGGGUUGCAAAAAAAGUUGCUCCAGAAAGCCAUUGCGAUUUUGAAUGGAGCCUUAGUCUUUCAUCCACAUUAUUGUUACUUACAAAACCAUGUGAUUUUUCAUGUAAGAUGCACUUCAUAAUUCCUAUAUUUCAUCCUGGUUUCCUCCUAUGUAAUCCUCUUAUUGUUAGGCCCAACUCUAAAAAGGUUGGCUCCAACUCGUUACAUAUUAGAAAUUUGAUGAACAGAUUGCUACAUAUGUUUUAGUUCUCCUGAAGUCUUAAGGUCAAAGCUUGCUAAGUAAA